AUGACUAGUUUACUUAUUUCAUUAACUCAUUUUUGUGAUAAGCAUGGCCCUAAAGUGCUUCUAGUUACUCAGUGUGCGAAAACUACAUCAGAAUGUGAAAAGCUACUUCUACCAAAUUACCCAACAGAUUCUUAUUGCGAAUCUUGUCAAAUAUAUAUACCUGGGGAAUAUAACUGUAAGUCAAUGAGAAGCGUGAUAAACGGGAGUCAUUACGUUUCCACACAUUAUUCGGCGGUAAGGUUUCAGUUUUUGGCAUCAUUAAUAAAGAAAAUAUUUAGCGAGGAGACUGUUAGUUAUGAUGAAUCACCAUUAUUAUUCUAUGAUAAUACAAAGGGAUUAAAUCUAUCUGUUGGUUUUAAACUUGAAGACCCCUAUGCUAGGGGCAAUGAAAGACGCUACUGUUUAGUGCUAACUAUAGAUACAAGAAAUCAAGACCUGGCAAUGGAUGUCAUAUCAAAGAACUGGAAGUUUAUAUCCGGAGCAUUUAGCAAUAUGAUUGAAUUUAUCAAACGCGAAAGAAAAGAUGAGAUGCUUAGAAUCUUGAAACAAAAUGAGGAACCAGGAUCAACCUUUUCAACUAUGGUAAGUGGAAGUUAUCUAAGAGGUAACUCAUUAAAAAUUCCGAAAAACCUAACCGAAUUAACGAAUGAUCAAAAUCUUUUUGUUAGGUUACACAAGUGGAAUGCUUUUACGUUGGACAGAUUGGAUAAACAAAUAAAUGAACAUGGAAUAUAA